CCUCUUUGGACACAGAAGCAGCCAAGCCUCUCCUGCUCCUGGUGUGUUCCUUCCCGGCAGAAGUACAGUACAGGCAAGCCGUCAUCCGGCAUCUCGAGAGGAGGAGGAGGAAAAAAAAAGUGGGAGGAGGUCCGGAGCAAAGAGAUUCAAAGUCUUUUGAAGGAUGAGCUCAGAACGAAGUGUUAUUUUCCCCCUGAUCAGCGUUGCACUGUGGUGGUUGAUGUGCUCAGCUACACCCCUGCCAGAGACUUCCGGGUACCCAGACUCCGUCCUCGACAAUUUGGAAUUUGUGCUUAGGAUUAGGAAGGAUGUUGCUAAAAUGAAGAAUGAUCUGCGCAAAGAAUUCAGGCUUGGCAGUGACAGCGAACUGCAACUGGUGCAGGAAAUCCUGCGCAUCGAGCAAGUUGAUUAUUCCCAUUGUCGGAAAGACCUCUGUAACAAGGAAGAUUGCUUCAACCAGAUACAGGCAGGCCUCAGCACCUACCAGCACAGCCUCUCGCAUGUUGCCCAGAUACUGCCAAGUUUCUCUGAGAGAGUGACUGGCCUCCAGCUGGACCUCUCAAACCUCUCCACCAACAUCCAGCGGCAGAUACUUGAGAGUGCAGUGUCCACUGUCACCUACCCCCAGGGAGAAACCCUGGACUUGCAAAAUCAGAGAGCUAUCGGAAGCUAUCUUGUCGUCCGCAACCUUGAGAAAUUCAUGGAAGCAAUUGCCCGGGCAUUGAGGCAUUGUUAUUCAUAAUGUGAAGGGAUAGAUGAUUAAGACACCCUGGAGGUGGAAGCGCCCUGUGCAUCCUAAGGAGGAUCUAAUAGGUGAUAACAAACUGAAACAAGAGGAUGUACUUCUUCUGCCUAGACUCCUCCCAACCUACAGAAUUCCAGCCUCCUAACUUUUUAUUAUUUAUUUAUUGUAUUUAUUGUAAAGUUUUAAAAGCCGCUUGUUAUCAUGCAAAAGCAAGAAAAACAAAAGGCACAAGGAUAUUUAGAGAAAGAAGUAGCAGAACACCAUACGCAUCAUUUUUAAGGAGUCACUUUGUGCCCAGUUUGAUGUUCUGCUGCUACCAGCAGGAAGUACCGGCAACUCUUGUUAACUGAACUAAUCUUUAUCUUUUUUAUAAUCAAAAGUCAAGCACAGCCCCACGUUCUGAUGUCUCUCCAAAUUAAUUGGACAGCCUUCUCCAUGUUUGGGCAUUUAGCAUUUCUGUUUGUGCCAAACUAAAUUCCUUGGUUGUUGUUUUUUUUAAACUAGACUUUUUAAGAGACUGAUGCAGGGCAUCUUUAGCAAUUGGGUGUUGUUGCUGUUUUUAUCAUAGUGUUGACUUGAGACUCCUGCAACAACUCCAUGGGUGAACUAUUGCUAUCCUCCAGAUGUUGGACUCCAGUUCCCAUCAGCCCCAGCUAGCAUGACCAGUGCUCAGGGAUGAUGGGAACUGGAAUCAACCCAAGACAUUGGCUACUUCUGGAAUUGGCUCAUCUCAAGCAUUUUGUAGAAUUGCAAUUUUGGAUUUGAUUUUUAAUAAAAUGUACUCUUCCUGCGACGCCAACUUGACAUUUGUAUGGAAAGAUCUUGUUUGCUUUGCUGGAUUUCUAGUGAAAUAUCCUUAAGAGUCAAUUCCUACAACUGUGCGUUUUUUAAUUUAUUGUGCUUAUUUAUUUUAUUUUUUAUUUAUCGUAUCUUAAAAACAACAAAUGUUCUACAUCUUAUUUCCCCCCCCCCUCAGACCUUUGGUCAUUUCUCUGGUAUUAAGAGUAUUUAUUACUUAUUUAAUAUUUAUGCCGAUAACUGUCAGAUUAACUGUUUGAUAAGAACCUUUGUUUAUCAAAGGCAAGGGAGUUUCAGCAAGUUUUACGUGUGCAUCUUGCAACACUUACAGCCUUGCUGUGGCGCACAUGUCAAGAUGUAUGCAAUGUUAAAUCACUGUUUAAUAUUUAAACAUUAAGAGUACUGGCUAUUGGUAGUCGGACCAAACUGCAGGGGGGUGAACAACAGGAGUAUCUAGUUCCCACCUCUGGCAGUUUCCUGGGUACAUGCUGGGCUGUGCAUCUUCUUGUACUUGUUAUAGAUAAGCAACACUGAAUAUGAACCAUAAGCACACAUACCUAUUGUUGGAACAGCACCAGUAGAUAAUUCUGAAACUGCUAUGAACAGUUGCUGUAUUAUCAGUGGAUCCCGGAUUUGGCCAGAGGCUGCCAUCUAAAUUUCUCGCAAUCCUCUUGUUGGGGGGAUUGUGAGAAACUAAAAUGGCAGCUAGACUCAGCUGCCUGGUGAAUCGUGUAGUACUAGGCCAUAAAAUAAAAGUCAACACAAACAUAUGUGUGUCAGCCCCGGAAGUUGCAUGAAGCAACCUGCUUCACCCUGUUGAAUGGUAGGGCUGGUCCUGCCUUUACACCACUGAUGGGGAACCUGUGGCCAGCU